GUCAGUUCAUACGUUCUUAUUUUAUUGAACGAGUACUGGGAUAGUAAUAUACGAAAACGAAAUUACAUUUUUCAUGUGCAUAGGAAAGGCAAUGGCAGCUGUAUUACCUAACGCAUCAAUUAGAAAUUCUAAAAUAUGUUGCUCAACACAUUCUGAUGAGGAGUGUACAUUUGUAUGUGGGCAAUGCACAGAGUUGAUUUGCGAUGAUUGUGUCGAUACCGAAGAUCACGAGGGUCAUGAUAUUAAAUCAAUCAAGAAGUUUAUCAAAGAAGUAGAUCUCGACGAUCUGAAAGAAUCCUGUGAAAAGUUUGACUGCUUUAAAAUCAAGGCAAAGAUAUUAGAUGAAACAGAGAGGCGGUUCCAAAAAGCUAUAGAUGGAAUACAUUCGCAGGCAUCUAAAAUGAUUUCUGAAAUAAAUAAAAUCAAAGAGAAGAAAAUACGUGAGUGUGAGGAAAAGAAAUGUCAAAACGCCACAACGGUGAAUGAAGUUAUUGCUGUAGUAGAUCCAUCUGACAUAGCAGAUAAAAUAGAUAAUUUACCGAAGAAAGGUGGUCGUUCGCAAUAUGCAGAAGUUGCUCAAGCUCUUUUGAAAUACCAGACAACUAUGGAAUCGGAAGAGAUCGAAGCCAAAUGCGACGCAUCUGUAUAUGUUCCAACUUUUACACACGGUAAAAUACAAAAAUCUCGCUUAGAGAAACAGUUUGGUGAACUGGAUUUUGAGGAAGAAGAUGUAGACAAUUUAUUCGAAAGCGACUUAGAAACAACUGAAAGUGAAAGUAGUGAUGAUGAAAAUGCUGAGAACAAUGAAAAAUCUAAUAAUGAAGAUGGCGAAGGCUGUAGCGACUUUCUUUAUCAAUAA